AUGGCCGAUGACGCACCCGCGGCUCCCGAGAAGCCUCUCGGCGUUCCCUCGCCCAACCCGCUGCCGCUCUCCGCCUCCCAGGAAUCCCAGGUCCGCGACAUAUUCUACGCUCGGGAGGAGCACGACGCCGCCCGCGUCGAGUGGUUUGGCAUGCGUAUGGAGCGCAAGAAGAAGCGCGAGCACGCCGCCAAGGUCGCCGCCGCCCAAGAGGAGUUCCUGCGCGAGUGGUGGGGCCUGCCCGAGGAGGUGCGGCGUAAGCGGCAGGACGAGAUUCAGAAACGCUACGGCGUCGACUCGGUCGAGCGCGUGGGCGGCAUGCCGGCCAAGGACAGGCCGGCGCUGGGCACCGACGGCUCCGGCGCGAGGUAA